AGUGCGCCGCAGCUUAUAAGCCCAUCUGCUGUCGCUCCUUUCGCUCUGACCGUCCCUGCUGUCCUGUGUGCCGCUGACUCAAACUGCGAGCCCCUGAUCUACCGCAACCGUGAAGAUGGCGACCCGGGUCGUAAUAUUUUUCAAGACCAUGCAAGCGGGUCGAUGCCCGACAGACGAGCUGUCGCUGACUAACUGUGCCGUGGUGAGUGAGAAGGAUCUGCAGUCAGGACAACAUGUGAGUGUGAAGACCACACCCAACCACAAGUAUGUGUUUACAGUCAAGACCCACCACACUGUGUCUGCAGGAAGCAUCGCCUUCAGCCUGCCACAGAGGAAAUGGGCCGGUCUCUCCAUAGGUCAGGAGGUGACUGAGGAAGAAAAUGAACUUCCACUGGUGGUAAAGGAUAUUGAGGCCAUGGAUGCCAGCAUCCUCAAAGGAGAACCAGCGUCUGGAAAGAAACAGCAAAAGAUCGACGUCGGUCUGAUGGUGGGCAACAGCCAGGUGAUCUUUGAGAAGGCUGAGAAUUCAUCCCUCACACUAGUCGGCAAGGCAAAGACCAAGGAGGCACGACAGACAAUCAUCAACCCAGACUGGAACUUUGAAAAGAUGGGAAUUGGUGGUCUGGACAAGGAAUUCUCAGACAUUUUCCGCAGAGCCUUUGCCUCCCGAGUCUUUCCCCCUGACAUUGUGGAGCAGAUGGGCUGCAAGCACGUGAAGGGCAUCUUGCUGUUUGGACCACCAGGAUGUGGCAAAACGCUGAUGGCCAGGCAGAUUGGCAAGAUGCUCAACGCCCGCGAGCCGAAGGUCGUCAACGGCCCAGAGAUCCUGAACAAGUACGUGGGAGAGUCUGAGGCUAACAUCCGCAAACUGUUCGCCGAGGCUGAGGAGGAGCAGAAGAGGCUGGGCGCUAACAGUGGCCUUCACAUCAUUAUCUUUGAUGAGCUGGACGCCAUCUGCAAGCAGAGAGGAACGGGCGCCAGCAGCACAGGCGUGCACGACACUGUCGUCAACCAGCUUCUGUCCAAGAUUGACGGCGUGGAGCAGCUUAACAACAUCUUGGUCAUUGGUAUGACCAACAGGCCUGACUUGAUAGAUGACGCCCUGAUGAGACCCGGCAGGUUUGAGGUGAAAAUGGAAAUCGGUCUUCCUGAUGAAAAGGGACGCGUCCAGAUCCUAAACAUCCACACCAACAAGAUGCGAAGCUUCAACCUUCUCGCUUCCGACGUCAACGUCAAGGAACUGGCAGCGGAAACUAAGAACUACAGCGGUGCAGAGCUGGAGGGUCUGGUCAGGGCUGCGCAGUCAACCGCCAUGAACCGGCACAUCAAGGCUACCUCUACAGUUGAGGUGGACAUGGAAAGGGCAGAGAAGCUGCAGGUCACCAGAGAUGACUUCAUGGGAUCCCUCAACAAUGACAUCAAACCAGCAUUUGGUACCAACCAGGAGGACUACUCCAGCUACAUCAUGAAUGGCAUCAUCAAAUGGGGCGACCCAGUCACUCAUGUUCUGGAUGAUGGAGAGCUGCUGGUACAGCAGACCAAGAACAGUGAUCGCACACCACUUGUUGCUGUUUUACUGGAGGGCCCACCCCACAGUGGAAAGACAGCCCUGGCAGCUAAGAUUGCCGAGGACUCACAGUUCCCCUUCAUUAAGAUUUGCUCUCCAGACAAGAUGAUUGGACACUCAGAGAUCUCCAAGUGCCAGGCAAUCAAAAAGGUCUUUGAUGAUGCUUAUAAGUCUCAGCUGAGCUGUGUUGUGGUGGAUGACAUUGAGCGUUUGCUGGACUAUGUGCCCAUCGGUCCACGUUUCUCAAAUCUGGUCCUUCAAGCUCUGCUGGUGCUACUCAAGAAAGCUCCACCCAAGGGCCGGAAGCUGCUCAUCAUCGGCACCACGAGCAGGAAGGACGUCCUACAGGAGAUGGAGAUGUUAGAUGCUUUUAGCACCACCAUCCAUAUCCCCAACAUCUCUACUGGGGACCAGCUAAUCGAUGCCUUAGAGCUACUGGGAAGCUUCACAGACAAAGAGCGGGCCAGCAUCGCACAUCAACUCAAAGGAAAGCGGGUCUGGAUAGGCAUUAAGAAACUCCUCGUGCUCAUCGAGAUGUCAAUGCAGAUGGAUCCAGAUUACAGAGUGACCAAAUUCUUGUCUCUGCUUAGAGACGAGGGGGCGUGAGUACAACUGCUCUGCAACAAUUUCAUUAACUUUCAUUACCUACCAUCAUCUCUCAUCAGCCUAAACCUUCUUAUUUUUAUCAUUAUCUCCUUUCCUUUCAUAUGUUUACCCCUUUUUUUAAAAAUAGAGUAUCAGGAUGUUGGUAGCAUCACUGAAAGAGUACACUUAACACAUCUCAUUUAGCCAAGAACACAAUUUUUUUAAAAAGGUUGUAUUCCCAGAUAUAACAGAUAUAGUAGAUGCUCCUAUUGUGCCAGUAGCACAAAAAGGCUAACAAUCAGCUACUCCGUUUUCAACACUUACUAACACUAAUGGCUUUAUUCUGCAAUCACCAGGUUGAAUGAAGGUGACCAAAUCCGAAUAUAAGCUGUUGGUCGCUCUCGCUGUGUACUGGUAAGGUGAACAACAAAGUGAUGAAACUAGAAUAUGAAGCUGUAGCUUGCUAAUAAGGUAUUAGCAUUUUUACAUAGAAAUGGUAAUUAAUGGCCAAAUAUUACAACAUUCACAUUAGCAUAUAUAGUUUAUUUUUAGCUAAAAUUGGCUAUAUUAAGGUUGUUGUAAAACCAAAAAAAGCAUAUAGACA